AUGAUUGGACUCAAAAGCACACUCAAUGUCAUAGACAACUCUGGCGCCCUUGUCGUAGAAUGUGUUAACGUUCUCAAAAACAAAGUCAAUAACCGCUGGGGUUCUGUAGGCGACGAAAUCGUCUGCGUUGUUAGGAGUGCUCGACCCGUAUCCGCUGCUGCUCAAGCCUCUUUGACCGCCGUCAAGGUUCGCCGAGGAGACGUCCGCCGUGCAGUAAUUGUCCGCACGAAAAAGCCAGUACAGAGACCUGAUGGGAGAUACAUUCGGUUUGAUGAUAAUGCUGCAGUACUUUUGAAUAAUAAACGAGAAAUGCUGGGAACAAGAAUUGGGGGUGUUGUGAGUGCGGAUCUAAAGUUGAAAGGAUGGGGGAAGAUUGCUGCUGUUGCACCCAAGGUAUGGAUUUCUUCUUCGACAGUCGCAACCGAGCUCGUCAAUACUUUAAUUUUCUUCCAGGCUAUUUGA